AUGAAGAUUGAGGCCAAAGAGAUCUAUGAUAGCAUUAGAUUUGAUAGUGAAAUCCAGAGAGUUACCAAGACUACUAUUAACAUGCCAUCACAAGUUACUGCUCCAAUAUCCAAUGAAGUUCUGGUGGGUCUCAAUGAUGAGGUAGAAAGUAUAAUUGAUAGACUUGUGAGUGGACCUUUGCAGCAGGAUAUUGUUGCCAUUGUGGGCAUGUCUGGGCUUGGUAAGACAACACUAGCCAAUAAAGUUUACAGUCAUCUUUCGGUAGAGUACCACUUCCACAUUCGAGCUUGGUGUUGUUUUUCUCAAGUUUAUACCAAGCAUAGUUUGUUGGCUCAGAUUUUGUGUAGUAUCAAUUGUGGAAGUUCUGUCCAGUAUCUUGAGAUGAAUGAAGAUGAUAUGGCUGAGAAGGUAUACAAAUUGUUGAAGAGAAAUAGGUAUCUCAUCAUUUUGGAUGAUGUUUGGGACAUUAUGGGGUGGGAUUUGUUGAAACACUCACUACCAGAUGAUUGCAAUGGAAGCAGGAUUCUCUUAACCAGCAGAUUUCAGAAAUUGUGUUGGCAAAUUAAACCUGGUAGUGAGCCUCACCAUCUUCGCCCACUUACAGAAGAUGAGAGUUGUGAAUUGCUGCAGAAAAAGCUAUUUGCCAAAGAAGAUUGUCCUCCAGUAUUAGGUAAAGUUGUAAUGCAUGUAGCAAAGUACUGUAAAGGCCUACCUCUGACAGUUGUUCUUGUUGCUGGAAUUCUUGCUACUACUGAGCAAGAUUGCUGGGAAGAAAUUGUAAGACGUCUAACUUCCAGCAUUUAUGUUGACAAUGAACAUUGCAUGAAGACACUUGAGCAGAGUUACAAUUAUUUACCGGAUUAUUUGAAGCCAUGCCUUCUUUACUUCAGUGCAUUUAAAGAAGACCAAGACAUUCCCGUCCGAAGAUGUUAUGGCUUUGGAUCUCUGAAGAAUUGUUCUUAUCCGACUUUAUCGUUUCCAAGGGAAGUAGUAUUCCUUGUUCACUUGAGGUACCUGAGAAUUAGAAAUUUUUUGGGGAAUAUCCCAUCUGCAAUAGCUAGCCUCUCAAGGUUAGAAACUUUUGCAGUGGAAGGAAACCCUAGACGUUAUUUGUUACCAAACACUAUCUGGAACAUUAAAACAUUGAGGCAUCUUGUCACAUCAGAGUUUGGAGGUGGUUUCAUAUUUCCCAUCGACGGUCUUGAAGGCUCCCCUGAUUUGAAACAUUUAGACACCUUAACCCUUGCAAUUGAGGCCCCUCCUCAAAACUUGCAAAAGAUAUUGUCAAAGUUACCGAGCAUCCAUAAUUGUCAGCCAUGGAGUAAAAUUUCAGCAAUUGGAAAGCUACCCAACCUUGUAGUGCUUAAAUUAUACCGUGAUUCCUUUCUGGGGGAAAAAUGGGAAAUGGAAGAAGGGGAUUUCUGUAACCUUCGAUUCUUGAAAUUGUCAGAGUUGGACAUUCGCUGGUGGACAGCCUCUUCUGGUAAUUUUUCCUAUCUUGAGAAAUUGGUUUUGGAAUUGUUAAGGCUGAAAGAGGUCUUGUUUAGGGAAAGUGUCACUCUUGGCUUGAUCAAGGUGAUAAGCCAGUCUGUUGUAGAAAUUCUGCAGCAAAUUCUGCCAAGAAACAAAUGGGAAAUAAGGGCUUAA